AUGUUUUGGCGUGGCUUCAGCAAGCAGGAGAUCCGGGCAUUGCUGCUCAGGCUGAGAAGGGGACGGCUGCUGCUGUCGCAACAAGAGGACCAGCAGAAGCAGCAACAGAAGCAGAAGCCAGAGCCUACCGAGCUGAAGAAUAAGCUUGAGCCCUAUGGCUGCAGGGGGUUGCUUGUUCUCGGCACCGACUCCCUGCUGGAAUGCGACGCUAGCAACGCUAGGCCGGCACUGACGUCAUAUCGGCAGGGAUCACGAGAGCAGCUGCUGGCCCAGCAGCUCGGCAGCCCCCAGCGCCCAACGCCACUAAGCUGGGGCCGAUCCACCUCCAACAUCGAAGGCCCCGCGCCGGCGCAUCCGUUGCCCGCCAUGGCUGCUGCUGCUGCUGCUGCUGCCGAGCCUGCGCUGCCAGUCCAAGAAGAGCAGCCCUCGGGACAACAAAAUCAGCCGCAGGAGGAAGAGAAGCAGUCAGACGAGGGGCAAAAUGGCAAAGCUUCUCCUCAGUCGCAAGGGUUGGACCCUCCAGAGGACCCUCUGCGCAAUGCCCCGACCUUCAAGGACGAUUUGGCACCAGAGCGCGGGGAGGAGGAUACGCCCCCAGAGACGCCCAAGUCGCCAGGCUUCGUCGAGAAGACAAUGCAGAAGCUGGGCCUGAAUGACGUCCUCCUCAAGUGCAUGUUCAAAGGCUCUGUCGCGCCCGUCAUAGGCCUCGCGAUAUACCAGGCGGAGCCCGUGAUGCGCAUCCUGACCACACUGGGAUACCUCGUAGGCGUAAUCACCGUCCUGGCCCUCGCCGUUCUGCCUCGCGGCAAAUUCAUCCAGAACAUGAUCCUGAACUGCCUGUCCACCGCAGUGGGAUGCGCCAUGGCCAUGCUGAUCUCCUACACAGGUGUCAAGGCCCGCCUCAACACCUCCGACCUGCGCGAGAUGGCUGCCUUUAUUCAGGCCAAUGGCCGCGCCCCGUACAACUCCAGCCAGAGUGCCGUAUGUGGCGUCUGGCUGUUCUUCCAGAUCUGGCUGAGCAACGUCAUCAGGGCAAAGUAUCCCGCCUUCAAUGUGCCUGUGAUAAUCUACAGCAUCGUGGUCAACAUCUCGUGCACCUUCGGCCCCGAGUUCCCCACUCUCGCCACGGCCGAAGCUUUCAUCCAGAGGCUCCUGGCUGCUAUUUUUAUGGGUCUCGCCAUUGCAACGGGCGUUUCCCUUAUUGUCUUCCCCAUCAGCAGCCGUCAGGUUGUCGCGAAGCAGAUGGCAGGCGUCCUUGGCCUAUUCAAAAAGUCCGUCGUGCUCGAGAAAGAAUACCUCCAGGGCUUGGAGAAGGAGGACAUGUUCGCCCUUGAGAUCACCGAGACCUCGGCGGGCCGCUCAGAGCCGGAGAGGAAGGCAGGGAAGAAGGAUAAGGGCCCCAAACUGACCAAGGAGCAGAAGAAUGCCAUGGCCUUGAAAGGAACCAUUGGGGCCAUCAGGGAGCUCAUGGGAAAGAUUUACGGCGACAUGAAGUUCGCGAAGCGUGAUAUCGCCUGGGGUCACCUAAGCGCAAAGGAUUUCGGAGAGAUGUUCAAUCUGAUCCGCAUGUGUGUCAUCCCAAUGACUGGCAUUGGUACUAUCAUGGAUAUCUUUCAGAGAGUUGGCAGGGAAAGGGGCUGGGACAACAACGGCCCUGGCGACGACGGCGGCGUGUUCCAGCGCUUCGAGCCCAUCGGCAAGGAAGAGAGCCAGCGCAUCUGGAACGACAUCAUGAAGCAGUUGCACGAGCCCUUCGAGAUCUUGUCCGAGGCCAUCACCCAAGGAAUCGACCACGCCGGUAUCCUGCUCAAGCUAUUCCCCCAGCCCAAGGCCCAGAAGAAGGCAGCAGCCCAGAACGCUGGCGGGGAUGCCGACGUUGAGGCAUCUGGUGGUGAGCUCCGCCCGGGCCAGGUCGGAUUCUCCAGCGUCAUCAGUGAGAAAAUUGAAGUUUUCAACUCUCGCAAGGGCGAGAUUCUCCGGCUUUGGGCCAAGGACAAGGGGCUGUGCAGCGAUGGGAAUUUUGAGAACUGGGCCAAGGACAGCACAAGGUUGUUCGAAAAACGGCGCAACGACCAAGCACAGCUCUACGUGAUCUUGUACUUGGAGAAGUUGAUGCAAGCCACAGGCGAGGCUGUGCAAGAUCUCGUAGCCUUUGCCGAAGCGAAGGUAGAAGACGGGACCAUGACCAAGAAGCGGCUGAUCUUCCCCAACGGACGUCGCCUGCGCAAGUGGUUCCUCGGCAUCUUCAGCAACGAGGACUCGACCGCCGAGGACUCGCCCGACAUCAUGGAGACAGGUACCAAUGUCGUCUACCUUGGCCAGGGCUGGAUGAACAAGAAGGACCCGGAGCACCUCCCUGCCAGGAACGCCUGGGAGCGGUUCGGCAACGGCGUGCGCCGCUUCUCGCACUUCUUCGGCUCGCCCGAGUCCGUCUUUGGCUUUCGCGUUGCCUGUGCUACUAUGACUAUCGGUAUUAUUGCUUUCCUGGAGAGCUCGCAGCGUUUUUUUAUACAGCAGCGGCUUGUGUGGGCCAUGAUCAUUAUUGCUAUUGGGAUGACGCAGACGUCUGGCCAAUCCACAUUUGGCUUCCUCUGCAGAGUAGGUGGGACCUUCAUCGCCAUGGUCAACUGUUUCAUCAUCUACUACAUCGUCGACUACAAGAUACCGGGUAUUUUCGUCUUCCUAUGGCUUUUCAUCUUUAUUGAAUAUUAUUUCUUCUUCAAAUACCCACAAUUUAUACCCGCCGCCAUGAUCUGCAUUGUCACCCAGGUCCUCAUCCUCGGGUACGAGCUUCAAACCAACCUGCUCGGAGUCACAGCAUCAGAGUCCAGCGGACAGCCAUACUAUCCGCUCUACGAGCUCGCCCCAUACCGACUCGCCACCGUCGCAGCGGGUGCCUUCGUUGCCUUUUUCUGGACUGUGUUUCCCAGUCCCUUUACUGACAGGACGUGGCUUCGCAAGGAUCUAAGUGCGGUGCUAUAUCUACUCGCCAACUACUCGAGUGUCGUACAUACCACCAUGAAGGCGACAAUGAGUGGAACAGUUGGCGAUAUGGAGAUUCCAGGGACACCUGCGCACAGCCUGUUCAAAGUUCGGCGAAAGCUGUUUGGAAAAUUGACUUUGCUACUCCCCUCCCUGCAAAUGCACGCGAAUUUCCAGAAGUUCGAGCCCAGUCUUGGGGGCAAGUUUCCUGAGGAGCAGUAUCAGGACAUCAUAUUACGAUCUACUCGGAUCAUGAACUACUGCACUCUCAUGUCCUACGUCCUAACCUACCUGGCCCCCAAAGGGCCAGAAGAAAACUCCGACAAGGACUGGAUGCAUGUUCUCGGCGAGGUGUUUGAGGACGUCUCACCAGUACAUAACCAGAUUCUGUCCACGCUGACGCUGCUCUCCAAUUCCCUUCUCUCGGGCCAGUCUCUCCCACCAUACCUGCCCCUCCCCAAGCCCUACGAAAUGACAAGGCAUCUCCUCAGCAUGCCCGCGGAGAAUCCAAAGUCGCACCACAAAUCCUCUACCAAGGCAGCGCAACAUUCCUCCUCAUCAGCAUCAUCAGCGUCCUCCUCAUCCUCCACAUCAACCCACUCCCACCAAAGACCCGCAACCGGCGAACCCUCCAGCCAGCCCGCCAGCAGCACCAGCCAGCGCGACGAGUACAAGCCGUCGCUCGAGCCUUGGAGCCUGCUGGACGCGCGUAACAUGGAGCAGAAGGGCUACACCGAGUUCGCCGUGCUGCAGGUGUGCUCGACGCUCAUCAUCGGCGACCUCGAGGGCCUCAUCGCCACUGUUGCCGAGCUCGUCGGCACCGUCGACUUCAGCUUCCGCGUCGAGCAUUCUGACGAUAGCUCUGUCAGUGACCUGGGCAGCGUGCGGAGGGUCGGUACUUGGGCUUCGCGGGCUGCUGAGGCGAGGGCUGCUUCGUUGGCUAGUGGCGGGCAGGGAACCAGCGGUGACAGGGGCAAGGGAAAAAGGGAUUAA